AUGGGGGUGGCUAGGGGAGGUCACCGGUGGGAGGAGAAGCCUUUGGUGGUGGUGCAGUGGCCGUGGGAGGAGGAGCUCAUCCGUGGGUAUGGAGAACCUGUGCGUUGGAGGAGCUCCGUGCGAUUGAGGAAGGGGCUACCGACUUUGGGUCAAAUGGAGGAGGAAGGGGAAGGUCAGGGGGAGCCCAUGGUGGUGCUCGGUGGCCGUGGGUGGCUCCGUACGGGGGUGGAAAGUGCUGCGCACGGUGAAACCAUGCUUGGGUUGAUGCGGGAGUGCGACAGGGAAGGUGUCUGCGAGGUGGAGUACGCGUCGACCCGCACCCAAGAAAGAAAAAGAAAAAGUUUUCAUCUUCUUCUCCAAGCUAAAGCCGAUGCUAGCUUCUUCUCCUCUCCUCUCAUCUUCAAGAAGCCAAACUCAUCUUAUCAUCUUCAAGCCUGUGACUCCAUAGCAAGGGAAGAGGAAAAAUAUUUUUCUCUCAUCCUCUUCAAUCCAUAUGAGAAUACUUCCUCCAUAUUCAUUUUUUGUUUUGUCUCCAAGUUUGGAACCAAAGCUUGUUUUCAUCUUCAAGAGGGUGAAAGCUUGAAGCUCUAUCAUUUUGGCUCUUCAUCCACACUGCUAUACCACUAUUUGAUUCUCUAUCUUGCCUCUUCAAAGGGGCUAAGCGCUCAAGUUUUGUGGUUAAAACAGUUCUAUCAUUUUGGUUCUUCAUCCACACGGCUAUUCCACUAUUUAGUCCUCUAUCUUGCCUCUUGGAUGGGGCUAAGAGCUAAAGUUCUAUCAUUUUGGCUCUUCGUCCACACGGCUAUACCACUAUUUGGUCCUCUAUCUUGCCUCUUGAAAGGGGCUAAGAGCUCAAGGUAAUGAUGAAAAGGCUGGGGAGCAAGGCAUUACUGCAGAGGGAGAGGCAGAA